AUGGCGACUCAGGGCCAACUGGAUGAGAAAGCGCCAGUGCGAGCGCCCAAUCAAUCGUCGAUUGCCUCGGCCGCAACUCCUUCACAAUUAGCAGAAAAGUCAAGGACUUACAGAAUCCCUCCGGACGAAUUCGCAACAUCGGCGCAAUUGGAAGAGAAACGUCGGAACGAAUUUGUGUCUUCAUCACAACAACCACAUCUCUCGAGUGCGGCAACCUCAGGGCAGUUGGCAGAGAAGGCACGAAAUGCAAAUGCUGCUCCAUCAUUACCUCCCCGAACAAUCUCGAACCAACCUCUUCCGCCACCUCCUUACACUGCAGAUGAUCAAAAGAGGAGCGAGCUGAUAGCAGAGCAAUGGCGGUCCAACGAUCCAAGAUCAUCCUCAACACAUUCCUUGGUACCUAUCGAGGCUGAUAGAGAUGGCCGGCGCACGCUUCUUCUCGUAUUCAUACAUGGAUUCAUGGGGAAUGAAACAAGUUUUCAGAGCUUUCCGGCGCAUUUGCACAAUUUUCUUACCAUCACACUUUCCGAAACACAUAUCGUACAUACCAAAAUUUAUCCCAGGUACAGGUCAAAAAAGAAUAUCAAUUUUGCCAGAGAUGAUUUCUCAAACUGGUUGGAACCUCACGAGGGACGGAAUGUAGAAGUAAUUCUACUUGGUCACAGUAUGGGAGGUUUACUAGGAGCUGAAGUGGUGUUACAAAAGCCAAACCCACCGGUUGGUGGAAAACCACUGCGACACCGAAUUCUAGGCUCAAUCAAUUUUGAUACCCCAUUCCUAGGCAUGCAUCCUGGGGUCGUUGGUGCGGGACUGAGCAGCAUAUUUCGGCCUUCCAAAGACCCAAAUACUGGCAAUUCGACCAGUGGAGUAGCUAGCCCACCAAUGAGUAGUCAGUCUUCUGUCUACUCUCAAGGCUUCGCACCAUCGCUAGCCAGCACUGAUACGACCUCACAAUUAAGCUUAGUGCAAAGUAUCACCUCCCCAACAGCCAAUCCGCCGCCGAAAGAUCCAUUCUUCAAUCCACCUUUUGUCAACGAUGUUCGGCUCCCUGAGCGAACCGGUCUUUCCAAUAUCCUACACUUCAUCAACAAACACUCAGAUGGCAUCACAUCAGCUACAAAGGACUUGCUCAUGUCACAUUAUGAAUUCGGGAGCACUAUGGCGGAUUACGCUGGACUAAAGAAUCGUUACAAGGGGGUACGCGCUCUAGAAGAUGUGGACGAUUUGGCCAGGGCUCCUGGUCAAUCUAUUCCUUCUCAGAAUAGGCGGGUUAGAUUUGUCAACUAUUACACUGCAAGCACUGGCAGGCCGAAGCCGCCAAAGACCCCACCUACCCCUUCUACACAAUCAAGCGACGAGGAAGAAAUUCCUGACAUUAGACACAGUAUGGAUGGUCUGAAUCUGCACCCAAUCGGUGGUCGAUCUUCAAGUCAAACCCCCUCCAUCUCAGUAGACGAUCAUUCGGAUGGAGUCGUGACACCUCGCGUCCUAGAAGACGCUGCCGAGAAGAAUUCCCUGAAAGAGCAAAUUGAGAAUUUGGGGACGAGCUCCGGAGUUCAAGAUGACUUUGACGAACCACCAGCGAUGCGACACAUAGAAUCAAUCCCGAUGGAUGACUCUGAUGAUGACUUGUAUGAUGCGGAACCAUCGAAACCAAAGGUCCAUUCAGCCCCAGAGGACUCUUCGGAGCCUGUUGAUGAUGCCGACCCUGCUGAACCUACUGACCAAGUCGAGCCUACAGUAGAAUUGAAACCCACCAAAUCUGAGCCACCACUACCGCCACUUCCUGAAGUUCCUACCGAGCCAACCCCUGUUGAUCUGAGUCUUUAUACGGAUAAAGAUUCUCGAAAGAUUGCUGAAAAGGAAUUCAAGAGGGUCACCAAAGUCUACCAGCAGGCAGUAAAAGAUAGAGAAAGUGCCAUAAAGGAUAGAAAGAAGCUUGUCGAGAAGCGGGAGAAGAAAGCCCAGCAGGAGCGCGAAAAAGCAGUUAAAGCAGAAGAGAAACAGCGUUUGAAAGAUGAGAAAGAAAAAGAGAAGAACUUAUCAGGAGAGGAGAAAAGGUUAGCAGAAGAGGCAAAACGAAUGGCAGCAGAAGAGAAGAGAAUGGCAGAUGAAGCAAAACGGCUCGCAGGUGGUAGUCCAAGCAGUAGCCCAAAGCCAAAAUCUAAAGCCAGUGCUAAGAAAAGCUCUAAAGGUAAGGAAAAAGAACGACAACCAUCCGUUACACCAUCUGUGGAUGACGACAAGCCCAAACGAGACAAGAAAUUCUGUAUGCUUCCUCCAAAGAUCAAUGGGGAGAUUGAUAAAUGCUGGAUCCGUAUCUACAUGGAAGGUGUUGAUGAAGUUGGAGCACAUUGUGGACUAUUCUUCCCGGGUCCUCAAUACCAGAGUCUGGUUGGUGAUGUAGGUGCAAGGAUCGGGAAGUGGGUGGAGGAUGAUGCGACUAGGAGAGCCAUUAUCGCUGCGGAGAUGGAUGAUUGA